AUGUUGUAUCUGGGAAAGCUGGGAACUGAACAGUUCUUGGCCUGGGAGCAGAUUUUCUCAUCAAAGUUGGAGGAUGCUGGCAACGAAUCCUUGCUCCAUUGUGUUCGAGAGCAACCUUGGUCUCAGUCUGAGGUUUUGGCAUGUGGUUAUGAGCGUUUCUCCUUGGAGUAUCCUGAAUUCUGUGUAAAAACCAAGUCCCUGAGCAAUGUGUCACCCCCUACGAGUGCUGAGCCCCUGGAUUUAGGCUGCAGUUCCUGUGGGACCCCCCUUCAUGAUCAGGGUGGCCCAGUGGAAAUCCUUCCCUUCCUCUACCUUGGCAGUGCCUACCAUGCUGCCCGGCGGGACAUGCUUGAUGCACUGGGCAUCACGGCCCUGCUGAAUGUCUCCUCAGACUGCCCCAACCACUUUGAGGGGCACUACCAGUACAAGUGUAUCCCUGUGGAGGAUAACCACAAAGCUGACAUCAGCUCCUGGUUCAUGGAGGCAAUAGAGUACAUCGACUCUGUGAAGGAGUGUUGUGGCCGGGUCCUAGUCCACUGCCAGGCCGGUAUCUCCCGCUCUGCCACCAUCUGCUUGGCUUACCUGAUGAAGAAGAAGCGUGUCAAGUUGGAGGAAGCCUUUGAGUUUGUCAAGCAGCGCCGGAGCAUCAUCUCCCCUAACUUCAGCUUCAUGGGGCAGCUGCUGCAGUUUGAGUCACAGGUGUUGGCCACCUCGUGUGCAGUGGAAGCUGUCAGCCCUUCGGGGACGCUGCGGGAGCGGGGCAAGGCCACCUCUACCCCUACCUCCCAGUUUGUCUUCAGCUUCCCAGUCUCUGUCAGUGUCCAUGCCACCCCUAGCAGCCUCCCCUACCUGCACAGCCCCAUCACCACGUCACCCAGCUGUUAG